CUGCAUGCGUUUAUGUGUUUAUGCGAAACCGGAAGUAAGUUUCAUUUAAUUCAAGUUGCACUGCAUUGCGCUGUAUCUGAACUGAAAUUGUUUCUUCAUAUUUUCACAUCCUGUAUCAACCGGCUGUUCCAGUCUAAAUUGUCCUUUCUCAUCUACUCAAGUCAUGAAUUUGGUUAGCAAUUACUUGUCUACCGUACAGCAUACAAACACCACGUUGUAGCUAGCUACGUCCGUCGGCGCGUCCAUGUGAACUAAUUUGCUUUGUCCUGAGACGGAUCACACCGAUCAUGGCGCAAGAUAUGCCGUUGGGGCUACAUGGGAAGAUCAGUCGGGAGAGGGCUGAGGCUCUGCUGAAACCCUGGCAAGACGGGUUCUACCUGAUCAGGGAAAGCACCCAUUACCCCGGAGACUUCACCCUGUGUGUCUGCAUCUCCGGUCGGGUGGAGCACUACCACAUCAUCACCACACAGAACCACAACUCGUCGGGAAGAAAUUCGUUAACGAUAGACGAAGAGGUUUUCUUCCUCAAUCUCCAGGAAUUGAUACAGCAUUAUACAGAAGAUGCGGAUGGGUUGGUGUGUAAUUUAAAGAAACCUGUAGAGAGGAAACUUGAUAACAUCAUGGAUGGGCAUCACCACUCCCAGAGGGGGCCGCAGCAUACGGCUGACGGGUCUUUCAAGAAAGAUGGAGAUAAAAAUGAGAUGAAAAAUCUCAUGUCAGGUCCUUGGGCAGUCAAUAAGAAUGAACUCAAGCUAGGAGAAGAAAUUGGCCAUGGAUUCUUUGGAGCUGUAAAGGUUGGAGAGUACCAGAACAAGAAAGUAGCAGUGAAAGUGAUUUCAGGAGACAAUGAAGCAGCCCAGUCUAUCGUAGCAGAAGCUUCCAUUAUGACGCAAUUGAGACAUCCAAACUUGGUGGCUCUGAUCGGUGUCAUCCCAGACCAACCCAACUCAAUCUCCAUUGUGCUAGAAUUCAUGGCAAAGGGGAACCUCUUAGACUAUGUGAGAUCAAGAGGAAGGACAGUCAUCACAAGGAAACUCCAGCUUAAGUUUUCAAUAGACAUAGGAGCAGGAAUGUGUUACCUAGAGCAGAAACUCUUUGUCCAUCGGGAUCUAGCGGCCAGGAAUAUUCUCAUCUCGGAGGAUGACGUUGCUAAGGUGUCUGAUUUCGGUCUCGCUCAAGAUAACAGUACACAGCUAGGCACAGGAGGCAAGAUACCUGUUAAAUGGACCGCUCCAGAAGCUUAUAAGAAAAAACUAUUCACAACAAAAUCUGAUGUAUGGAGUUUUGGUAUACUGCUUUGGGAGCUGUUCUCGUUUGGAAGAGUACCAUAUCCACGAGUGCCUGCCGAUGAUGUGAUGACGUUCCUGACGGAAGGCAGUCGUAUGCAGGCUCCGGGAGACAACUGCAAGGAUGUCCACGAACUCAUGAUGAAGUGCUGGCAGACGGAACCGGAGAAGAGGCCCACGUUUUCACAGCUCCAAGUGCGGUUAAAAGAAUUACCAGCGACAGCGAAGAACGAUUCAUGAUGCUCCUCACACUGCUUUCAAUAUGUAUAUAUUGGUGAUUGGUCGUAGUUUUAAACUAAAAUUAAUUGCCGUUUUGUGUAAAUUCUUAGGAAAGGCGGCAUCUGCUUAGUUUCUUCUUUUUCUUUUUAAUACAGCUGUUGUAAAAACCUGCCAAAAAGUUAUUUCCAGACUAGUGUUUACAGGUAAACUACAUCUGCCAGAAUACUCUUGCUUCAAUAUGUUUUUCAAAGUCAUUGCGUGAUACGAUGGUCCUUCUAUUAAUAGCUUCAGUUGCAAAAAUUAUAACUCUGAUUUCACAAGUAAUGAAAAUCACUAGGAUCUUCUUUCGCGAACUCUGUUUCGUUUAUAUAUUUUCUUAUAAGAUGCCAGAUUUUAAAAAUGACUAGGUAUGUAUAGCUCUUUAUGGUACAUAAUCCAACUUGCUUUCUCUAGAACGUGAGGUAGCAUAUGCAACAAGGCCAUGAAGCUUAUAUUUAUUAGUAUUUUGAAAGGCAGUGAUAUGUUUUGUGAGUAUUCAUUAUUCUGGGAGACAAGACUUUCUAGAGAAAUAGCGACAUGUAAUUAUUUCUUCAUCAUUUGAAUCGCAAAACGCAUAUAUUCGGUAUUUACAUGAGGAUAUAUAUUCUGGAAAAAGCUUUAUGCAUCUUUAAAUGUUUAUAACGCCAGAGUUCUGGUUGCCAUUUUAUUGUCAAAGCUUUAUUUGUAAAGUGCUUUAUUUGCUUGGAGAUGUAAAUAAGGGAUAUGCGCGGAAUUGUUCUGCUUAAAAUAUAAAUUGGUGAACUCUGUAUGUACUAGGUUAAAAUGUUUGUGGGUGACUUGUCCAGUGUUUCAGAGAGACAAUUAUUUACAUGUAAAUAGAAAUAGGAGGUGAAAAGUUGAAAAGGAAAACGUAAGCAGUCUAAAGAAAAGCAGAAGAAAGGCAGUGAUUAUAUCUAUCUGUUGAGACAGAUAACAUUAACUCCUAUCUGUCACUGUCUCAGUCUGCCUAUAUUAUUAAAACAAAAACAUAAUUUCUUCUCUAUGAUUAAUGCUGCUCUAAGAAUAAGAAUUUUAAAAGAAGGUAUUGACUGAUAAAAAUCUUGAUUAUCACUUUUGUGCUGGUAGCAAAAGAUGUUUGGUGUCUCUUAAAAAAAUACUGUAUUAAAAAAAAGUCUUCUAACCAAGAAAGGUGGACCAUGUUGUGUAUUCAAUCUAUAUCAGGCAUGUCACAAUUAAACUUCUGAUAUAACUCUAGAAUUAGUAUUAGGAUUGAUUUCUUUAAUUUUUUUUGGUACUGAUUUUUUUGAAUACCAUUACACAUGUAUUACAAAUGGAUUUCACACUGGUAUACUGACUAAUAUAUUGAUUUCAAAAUCCUUAUUUAUUUUUCAUUUGGGGGAGGGAGUAUCAAGCAGUGCAUUCACAUUAACUCAGAUGUGUAGACAUGUGUAGAGAAAACUUCAAAAUGAAACCAACAUGCGCCAUCCUAAAAAAUAUUGACAAAAGUGAGAAGUGCUUGAUACAAAAAAAUUACUAAUAGACUUAUAAAUAAAUUCAUUUUUUCGUUACUUACUGGUUUUGGCCUAAACUUUGCCAUAAUUAUGUUCAGAGAUCAAGAAAUUGAGAGUUAGACAGAAGUGAUUUGCUUCAAUCGAUAUUAAAAAAAUACAGUGCAUUCCAAUACCACACAGGGUAGCAGCUGCGGUGUAUAACGUAGUUAGCUAGCUAGCUGUCGCUACGCGCUAGUGAGCGUCGAGCGCGUAUGUACAUUGGUAUAGUGCAUUACAGUGGGAUAUGUCGAGGAAAAAGAAAAAUCUAUACUUUCAAUCCUGUAUUUGUUUAAAAUAAAAAAUCAAGCAAAUAGACGUCAUUACAUACACAUUUAAGAUAUAAAAAAAUGGUAUGAAUUCAGAGAUAGUCUGUAUGGCGGUAUCACAGUAUGAAAUUAUGAUGGCGGUAUUCAUACAGAUGUUAAUCUAUUACCGUAUGGCAUUACUAAAACUGGUUAACCGAAAAAAAGCAUAAUUUAUUUCACCAUGAUGUUCAUGACACUUGCUCCAGAAAUUAGGCAUUACAUUUUGUGUGUGUUUAAAAUUAUUGUGAAGGCAGCAAGGAGAAUUGAAGUGCACAGAAAUAUGACAUCUUGCUCGUAGAUUGAUGGAAUUCAUCUUGUUUUCUCAAAUAAUAUUGUUUUAUUUGGUUGAUUUUGAUUUAUGUUAUGUCCUUAAGGAAACCAAGAAGCAGUACAUUGAUCCUUACAGAGUAUACAUUGCAAAGAAAAUAGAGCAAAAUAGUGAAGAGCAUUAGUUUUGUUGAAUACACCUUUAAAAAACAAUAGGUAUGCCACCCAGCAUAUUUUUGUGUGUAGCGCAAUACAUAAUAAUAUGCCAGUGUAUUACAUAUCUGCAUACAUGAUAUGCUCAUGAUGUAAAGAAACAGAAGAGAGCCAUUGGCAGGAAAACAGAGAUUGAACUUGAUAUUUCAGUUAGUAUUAUUACUACAAUUUUAUAUCUCUUCCAUUGAUAGAUUUCGGUUAGGUCAAUACUCUAAAAAAAUUUGUGGAAUGUAGCUCGUAAGUGAAAUUGGACUCUAAUUUAAAUUUGUGAAUUCUAUUUUUAUCUAGGCAAUGAAAGACGAAGAAUGAUAGAGAAGAAUAGUAUGAAACUAUACACAGAAAUAAUAUUGAUAAUUAGAGAUAAUACAUGGAGCUUAGGAAAUAUGUGUUUUUCCAUCAUAAAUUAUUUUGUGUACUCAAGAAAGCUUCAUCCUUUGAUGACCGCAACUGAAUUUGUAAUUUGAAUCAAAUGAUAUUUAUUUACUAUUUUGAAAGUAUUAUCGUAGCAUAUGACGUCAUAUCUCAUAAAUCAAAAGAUGAUUUCAUAGAAGCCUUUGCUUGUAAUGAAAUGGACUAGAAUUUCACCUUACAGUCUAGAUUAUUUGAUUCUAAUAUAUUUAAAUAAAUAUUUGUAGGCAAAAUUUGGUUGGAUAGUGUAAAACAAAAACAUUUUGCAUGCAUGAGUGGUUCAGAUUUGCAAGAAAAUGGCAGUCCUUAACAAUUUGCAAGAGUUUCAUGUCGAGAAAGUUUCUCGUUUUAGAGUAAUGGAUUGAAUAUUUAUAAAUGCCCAAUAGUCAUAUUUUUGUAAUACUUCAUUUAUGCUAAAUUAGUCUAGACUGCAUGUGGACUAAAUCAUCCACUGAUGAAUGUUAGCAGAUCGUUGAAUUAAGAGGUGCAUUGAAUGCUCUAUUCACUAUUUGAUGUAGGUGAUAUCGCAGAUAUUCUUUGGAUGUGAGUAUGAUAUUCUCACCUUGAUUAAGAAAAGAAGAAUUGCAGAGUAUUUAUAUGGCCCUGGAUGAUUAAAGUUCUUCAUAUCAUUUUAAACAACUGAAUAUACAUGUAGAAAGAGUGUACUGUUCAUGUUAGCCAAACAGACCUUCGUCAUUGAAUAUGUUUAUAUCAGGUUUUUGGUUUUUCGUUAACUAUGUUUUUGUAAAUGUCUUUUAUAUACACAUCAAUGCUUCAUUGCUACACUGCUUAAAAUAUGAAACUUACUGACCAUUCUUAUAACAAAUUUAAAAACAAAUCUGUUAAACCUCGGUGCCAAUAUUCUUGACUACCAAGAUAUUAGUGAGUUCUAGGAGCACAAUUGAUAAAACUUCUUUUUGUUGUAGAUUAUUCAUAACUUAAGUUGCAUUAUUUUGACAAUGUUUAUUUUUCUUCAUUUACGGUAGUUAUACAUGUAUCUCAAAGAUUACGUCUUUCAUAUUUUUGUACGAUUUGUAAACGUCCAACCAGGUGCCUUCAUAUAUGAAAUCAAUGAUUUGUUAAAAAAUUAAUUAUUUUUGUUUGUGAGACAUUAGUGCUCCAGACCGUACACUUACUCUAGCUUCUUUAUGCAUGGGAUGAAUAUAGUUUCUUACCAUGGAUGGCAAAAGACCAUUGCACCAUUUUUCAGUUCAUAGGAAACAUAUGUAUCAGUUGUAGGAAUUUUUUUUUAAUGAGCAGUAAUUGAAUUACACAAUCUGUUUGGCACUAACUUUACUGGUUAAAUUAAUAUUUAGGUUCUCACUUUUUCAUAUGACUUUGACAUAGACAGUUGAUAUACUUGCUAUGAAAUCAGUGUUGAGAAAAUGAAAUCAACUUAAAGGCUUUAAGAUUAAAUCGAUGAUAUUGGCAUUACAUCAGAGCGUUUGGCAUAUCGUCUGUUUUUGGAGCCAGAUGAGUUUUUAGGAAGGUUUAAAGAUUUGAACUUGACUCAUAAGACUAUACUGUUUUUCUAUAUAAUUUUCAUUCGUAAUCAUUGUACAGUUAUUUAUGCAAAAUUUAAUUGAUGAGCCUUUUCUCUUAUCACAUGAAAAUGUCCAUUGUAUAUAAUACCGCUUCAAUAAAUAUAAAAGGUCCAGAUGAAUUGUAUGUAUGCAGUAAAUAUAAAUAAUUUUUUCAAGGUCAACUUAAAAAAAGAAUAUGAUUUGUAAAUCUAAUCAUAACAUAAUUGAAAGCACAAAUUGUCUUCUGCUUUUAAUAUUUAUUAAUUGCUUCUUGCUGCAAAGAAGGUUAUAUUUUGAUGAAAAAUUACAUUUUUCACUCAAAUAAAAGUAUCAAGAAUUUUGCUUGCCUGCUUGAUUUGCUCGGUUGUAAAAUUGAGAAACUAGAAAGUUGAUUUCUAAGUGAGAGACAUCAGCCCUGCCUGUGAAUGAGCCCAUAAUAUUACCUUUCUGUGUUAAAACCAGAUGGGUGUAAUAAACUUCGUUUUAGACAAUGGUACCCCAUGUAAGAUAUAAGAUGUACCCAAACAUCUGUUUGUAAUGAUGAGGUGGUACAUUUAUACGUAAUAGACUUGUCCUAAUUAAGUACAUUAUUUUGAAGGCCUUUGUAAUUAAUGAGUCAAUGCAGAAAACUACUUUUAUAUCGUGCUGCUUUAUAGACAUUUAUUUACGUCCGUGCUUCUUUGAAAAAAUGUUUGUUUUUUGCAUAGGGUUUUGUUUAGAGAUUCUUGAAGCAUUGAGUUGAUGACAGCUGGAUUUAACAUUCUGUCUGUAAGCUCUACUAUAAGAUUGAACAUACAAUUGUAAAAUGACAUUUUAAAGAAAACAAAUAUAAUAUUGAAUAAAUGAGAAUGACAUGCAGAA